CGUCGUUUUAAAUAUUCCCCCCCUCAGAUUGCCAUUGACAGAACGCAGGGCGCGAAAGGAAGAGAAAACGAUAAUCCUCUGAUAGAACCACCGCCUCCAUCUUCUUCAUCUCCCUCUCCACCAAAAAAAAAAUGGAGCUGGCUUUCCUUCCCUCUCCAAAUCCACUCCUUUCUCCUUCUCCUUCCCCUCCACUUCCUUUCAACCUCACUCCCAAAUGCUCCCGCCAUGGACACCCCUUCCGAGUUUGCGCGUCCUCCAAUCCUGGCCCUCCAUUUGGACUCCCCUGGCAGUGUCUGUCCCGGUCGUUUCCACGGGGCUCCGGUCGGCUAGGGCUCAACUUCGGCGCUGCGGUGAAGAAGGAAACUGGCUUCAACUUCGGCGUCUCAGCAUCCAAUCCCUCGUUCAUCUCUCCGAUACUUAGCGGAGGAGAAGGUAGCGAUCAAUACGAUGUGUUCUUGAGCUUUAGAGGCUCAGAUACCCGAAAGGGAUUCACCGAUCAGCUCUACCACAGUUUGGUCAAUGCAGGGAUUGUGCCGAUUGGCAUGUUCAGGGAUGAGAACAGCACUCCCAUUGGCGAGGAAUUUGGUUCAUGGAUUCUCGAUGCCAUCUCGCGAUCUAAGAUUUCAAUCCCUAUCAUUUCCGAGAAUUAUGCUUCAAGCAAAUGGUGCCUCCGCGAGCUCAUUCGUAUCAUGUACUGGAAGCGGAGCACUUCACACAUGGUCUUGCCCAUUUUUUACAAAGUAGCCCCAUCGGAUGUGCGGCAUCUAAAAGGAAACUUCGGAGAGGCUUUCUAUUCGCGGCAAGAGCGUUUUGAUAAGAAGGAUAUCGAGGAAGGGCAACAAGCACUCAAAGAAGUGUGUGACUUACAUGGAUGGGAAUCCAACAAAAUUGCUAACGGGCAUGAGGGAGAAUUGAUAAAGCUUGUGGUCAAAACUGUUCUAAGUGAGUUGCGGAAACAUUUUCCGCUGGAUGUUCCUAAGGAAUUAGUUGGACUUGAUGGUCAUCUGAAGGACAUUAUGACUUGGAUAGACAGCCCUUCUGUUAAUGCUCGAAUGAUUGGUAUUUGUGGCAUGGGCGGGAUAGGCAAGACAACUCUUGCCAAGUGCAUCUACAAUCAACUCUCGGAUAAAUUUGUGCAUGUUAGCUUCCUUCCGGAUAUUGGAGAAACUACCCGUCGCCAUGGUAUUGAGUAUCUACAGAGCCAGCUAAUAUCUGAUAUACUACAGAGCAAAGACAAAGUAUCUAAAGUUGAUGAUGGGAUUAACACAAUCAAAUCUCGAUUCAAAGGAAAAAAGGUUCCGAUUCUUUUGGAUGAUAUAGAUCACAAGGAUCAACUAAAUGCUCUGGCUAGAGAAUGUAAAUGGUUUAGUUCGGGAAGUAUUAUCAUUGUCACAACUAGAAAUAAAGUUGUUCUUGAUCAAUCUGAAUUCGAGGUAGAUAACAAGUAUGAACUGAAUGAGAUAGAUAAGAAGCAAUCUUUGCUUUUAUUUAGCAGACAUGCAUUUCGUAUAGACCGUCCUCCAAGGGAGUUCGAGGAAAUCUCUUGUAAUAUCAUACUCACCACCGGUGGCCUUCCCUUGGCUCUCAAGGUUAUAGGUUCAUACUUGUAUGGAAAAUCAGAUCGAAAAGUGUGGGAAGAUAUGUUGAGGAAAUUAAGAAAAAUGCCACAUAGAGAUGUUGAAGCGAUAUUGAAGAUAAGUUAUGAUGUACUAGAAGAUGAACAUAAGGAAAUUUUUCUCGAUAUUGCUUGUUUCUUUAUUGGUAAAAAGAGCAAAUACGCCAUUUACAUGUGGGAGGACUAUGGGUUUUAUGCAAGUCUAGGAAUUGAAGAGUUGAAGCUAAGAUGCUUAAUAAAAAUUGAUGAUCGUGGUUACUUAAGGAUGCAUGAUCAAUUGAGAGAUCUUGGAAGGAACAUUGUUCAUAAAGAAGGACCGCCUGAGAGACGUAGUAGAUUAUGGCUCUACAAGGAAGCAUCCGAAGUACUGAUGGGAGAAAAGGGAACUGAUAGGAUCCAAGCAAUUUCUCUCUACGAAGGCCGAGGCCAUCGCCACACAUACACCAAUAAACAGUUUAAAAACUUACAGAGCUUAAGGUUCCUUGAAUUAAGGCGGAUGACCAUAAUUGGAGAUUUUAAGGAACUAUUUUCUGAAUUGAGAUGGCUUCACUGGUUUGAGUUGCUUGGCAUUGAAGAGCAGGAAAUGUGGACAAUAUACAACGAAGGGUCUUUUCUGCCAACCAAUUUGCGUCUACCGAAACUAGUGGUGCUACAGUUGUCAAACUACAAGAUCACAGAGUAUUGGAGAGGAUGGAGUUCAAUCCUGGCGGCAAAGCAACUCAAAGUUCUCGACCUUGCAUAUUGCCGUAAUUUAAGAUUUAUUCCUAAUCUAUCAGCUUUCACUGAGUUGGAGAUUCUCAUCUUGAAUGGUUGUUCCAGCUUGGAGCGAAUCGACCCUUCUAUUGGAAAACUUAAGAGCCUCGUUUCCUUGGACUUGAAUGACUGUGACAGCCUCAUGGAGCUUCCAGAAGAAGUGGGUGAAUUAGAAGAACUGAGAGAACUCAGCUUUAAUUCUACUGAAAUUGUAAAGAUUCCUACCUCAAUCGGUUCUCUAAGGAAGCUGGAGAAACUGAGUGCGGAGUGCUGGUCAUUGGUAGAAAUCCCUAGCUCAAUUGGGAAUCUUUCUUCUCUCAAACACCUUGACCUAUGGCUAUGGGAUUGUCAAUCAUUGAGAGAACUCCCUAGCUCGAUUGGAAAUCUUUCUUCUCUCCAACGCCUUAACCUAGAGGGUUGUGAGUCAUUGCGAGAACUCCCUAGCUCGAUUGGAAAUCUUUCUUCUCUCCAAUGCCUUAACCUAGAGGGUUGUGAGUCAUUGCGAGAACUCCCUACCUCGAUUGGGAAUCUUUCUUCUCUCCAAUCUCUUUACCUAGGGGAUUGUCGGUCAUUGGAAGAAAUCCCUAGCUCAAUUGGGAAUCUAUCUUCUCUCCAAUGUCUCAACCUAAGGGAUUGUUGGUCAUUGAGAGAAAUCCCUAGCUCAAUUUGGGAUCUUUCUUCUCUCCGGCACCUUAAACUAUGGAAUUGUCGGUCAUUGAGAGAAAUCCCUAGCUCAAUUGGGGAUUUACAGAAUUUGCAAGAUCUGGACAUUAGUCAUUCUGCGAUUGAAAAGUUGCCUAGUACUAUUGGUAGGCUGAAAAAUCUACGGAGGCUAAUUCUCCAAUUUUGUCGUAGCCUAAAAAGGGAAAUUCCAUGUGAAAUCGGUGACUUGCUUUCGCUCGAGAUUCUUGAAAUUACUCACGCUCCGAUAUAUUACUUGCCAGAAAGUAUCUGGAGUCUUUCUUCUCUCCAACACCUUAACCUAUGGCGCUGUAACAAUCUCCGAUCGCUGCCAGAGCUUCCUUCUGGCUUAAUACAUUUGACGGUCUCUUGCCGCAGUCGCAGAUUGCCACAGCUUUCUUCCCUAAUCCACCUAGAAGAACUUUUUCUUGAUGAAUGUGAUCUCCUUGAAUGCAUUCCGGAGCUUCCCUCAAGACCCUUAAAACUUUAUGUUGACUCCUGUCAUAAGCUCAUGCCUAAGCUUGAUGGAUUCAAGUACUUGGAAGUGUUGUCAAUAGUCAGAUGCAGAUCCAUUGAAAGAUUGGACCUUUCACAAUCACAUCAUCUUGAACGAUUACAGAUUGAGGAUUGCGAUGAUCUAGUUGAAAUUCAGGGCCAUGGUAAUUUGGAGUGCUUGGAGAAGAUAGUUAUACGUAACUGCAAGUCAAUUCGAAGGCUGAUCCUUCAAGAAUUACGGUGCUUGAAGAUAUUAAAGGUUAACUUUUGUGGCAGUCUAGCAGAAAUUCAAGGUCUUGAUAAGGCAAAGUUCUUAGAGGUGUUGGAUAUCUCUAAUUGUGAGUCCAUUGAAAGAUUACCUCACCUAUCAUCCUUCGCAACCCUGAAAACAUUGAACACCUAUGGCUGUUACAAUCUACAUGGGUCUGGUGCUGACAACCGCCACUGA